CGAAUGGAACACGCAGCGGGGUCCAUUCUAGAAUCUACCAACCACAAGUGGUGGGUGUUUCUUGUUGGUCGUCGUCGUCCCUCCUCUUUCUCCAUUGGAACGACUCUAGUCGUCGUUGGGUAUCACACACACAUCCACACAGACACAUAUCGUUCGAUUGAAGCGAGUCAUCGGAUUGCUUUGUUCGACAGGUAUGAGUGGCACCAACCAUUCCGCUCCGCACGGGUCGCCGAACCACACCAGUACUACUGCUACCACUACCACCACGACGACGACAGCUCCACCCACGUACUACACUGCGUACGGAGGAGGUGCCGGGAAUCCACCCCCAUCCUUUGCUGACGGAUUCCCCCACAGCCACACGGGACCGCCACCUUCCCGAGUCUACCACGGCACGGGAUCGCCCGAAACAGGAUCACCCGCGCCGCACCAGCCACCACCAUCACAACCACCAUCGUAUCACCACCACCACCGUUCGCCUUGGAAAGGAUAUCCCUGGGGAGGAUCAUCUGCGGAAUCCGUACCGGUCAACGCAUCUUCCGCUACUACUACCAAUAGUACUACCAAUACUACCACGGGGGCUCCACCGCCGUACGCCAUUGGAAGUGGUGGAAGUGGAAACCACACCCACCACAACGCGACUACGGCGGGAUCGACCGGAUACCGUCACUCGUACGUGGGACCACCACUACCACCCGCCCACGCAAGUUACUGGGGACCACCACGGUCCACCAGUGAUCUCCUAGCCGGAGGAGCAUCCGUCGCCAACGAUGGACGUGAAGGCGCCACGUCGCCCUCGCAAAUUGAAACGGAUCAUCUCGAAUUCGUUCAAGCCGUGGGUUGUACCUGCAAGAAAACACGCUGUUUGAAACUAUACUGUCAAUGUUUCGGAGUCAAGAUCUAUUGUGGUCCCAACUGCCGUUGUUUGGACUGUCACAAUGUUCCCGCACAAGAAGAUGCCCGGCAGAAUGCCAUGAAGGUUAUACUCUCACGCAAUCCCCACGCCUUUGACACCAAGUUCCAAAAAACACCCGUCGACGGCGCUACGGUGGAAACGCCUUCCAAGCUAUUGACGCACAAGUUGGGAUGCAAGUGCCGCAAAUCGGCUUGCAUGAAAAAGUAUUGCGAGUGUUACGCCGGUCACGUGUACUGCAACACGCACUGCCGUUGCACCGGUUGCAAGAAUCGGGAUGGCUUACUUCCGGGACCGGGUGGUCCCGGAGGUCCGUACGGGGCGACGGUCCACCACCACGAUCCCCGCUUCGCCUCGCCGGCACGGGCCACCGCCCCGGUCUUUGCGCCGCCACUGCCGCACCCGACGCACGUUAUGCAACCCGUCGGUAGUCGCUCCAACGCAACCAACGCGGGGGGUAAACGGGGUGAGCCCUUUGUCGCGGCCGCACAAAAUUUGGCCUUUCUGAAACGGGGAUCGCCCGAAGAUGCCACCACCACCGGGCCGGUUAAAAAGGCCCGUGGUCCGCCCUCUUCGGAAGGAAUGAACAGUCUCAUGAUUGCGGCGCAAGCCAUGACGGAAUUUGGACAAGGAUCGUCGCCCUCGAAAGCCCGCUUGUCGGUCAAGGAGGCGCAGGAACUGGCCAAAAGAGCCGUGGAAACACCGACGCCCCGCAAACAUUCGGUCUACAAGCAAGAAACCGAUACGGUAUAAAGGUAGUUCGUCGCAGAAGAAGAACAAAAAGACAAACAAAUGAAAAGGCACGCCAAUGACCCAACCAAGGGUUUAAGCUAGGAUUAAUCCGAUUGUGAAAGUGAAACGUGUGAUUGUCUGUGGUGGAUGCACUUGUCCCCAAACAACCAGUCUCACCAUACCAAUCGAUGGUUCUAGGUCUUACUCGUUUAAAGU